GUGAUGCUGCAGAUCUCUUUGCUCAAUUCUUCGGUGGUGGCGCAACUUUCUUCGACUUGGGUGGAGGGGGGGCCCGCCGACACAAGGGCCAAGAUACCGAGGUUCCCUACGAUGUUACGCUGGAAGAUUUAUACAAUGGAAAGUCUGUGAAGAUGAAUAUGGAGAGAGAGAUCAUUUGCAGCACUUGUCAAGGUUCUGGAGCUCGGGGUAACAUGAAACCCAAGGAAUGCGUCCACUGCGAAGGAAAAGGCUGGACUUUUAUUCAAACACAGAUUGCCGCUUCACGGUAUGGUACAGCACGGACGAAAUGUACCGAGUGCAACGGUCAAGGUAGUAAACUAAAAGAAAAAGACCGGUGUAAAAAAUGCAAGGGUGAGAAGACAGUAGAGGAAAAGACUCGGCAAGAAAUUUUCAUCGAGAAGGGCAUGCCAGAUGGACACCGGAUUGUCCUUGCUGGCGCAGGCGAUCAGCAGCCCGGUAUCCCUGCUGGUGACGUGAUUUUCAAACUCAAAACUACUCACCACGAGUCUUUUGAGCGCUCAGGCAGCAAUUUGUUGACAAAUGUCAAGAUCACGCUAUCCGAAGCACUUCUAGGUUUUUCUCGCAUCUUGAUUAAGCACCUCGACGGAAGGGGCAUUCGGGUCUCCAGUCCACCAGGCAGGAUUAUCCGACCCGGAGAUUCGAUAAAGCUUCGUGGAGAAGGCAUGCCCACACACAAACACCCAGAUCAGAAAGGCGACCUGUUCAUAGUUCUUGACAUAGAAAUGCCCGACGCCCAAUGGCUACAAACCGUCAACAAGCCAGCUUUGGAGAGGCUUUUGCCGCCAAAGAAACCUGACAUGGACCCAAUGCCUGAAGUUGUCGAUGAAGUCCCAUAUGAAGAGGGGGAUAUUGUGGACUUCGGAGAAGGAGACGAAGAUGACUGGGAGGACGAAGACGGUGACGACUAUGACGAUGACAACAUGGGAGGCGAGCCAGAGUGCAGACCUCAAUGAUCAUCCCUCUAACGGGAACACGCAUACUCCAUUCCGCACUCUUAAUCACUCCUCUGCAUUUACAUGUCAUUUCCCACGCUGUAUACAUUUCAUCGCUAAUCGAUACACUGCUCUUGUUCAGGUCUCAGGACGCAUUGCCGACAUUGCCGUUGGCGUUAAAUGCUUUCGUGGUCUUCGAUUGCAGCACCCACUUGAUACCGCCUAUGACGUGACCCAAGAAGAGGUCAUCCUGAGAAGGUUUUGAUUACUUUCAAACCAAGACAAGUAUAUCAGACUUACGCUCCAUAUCUCGAUACAAUGACCGAGCCCAGUGAACCAGCUGCGACCAGCAAUACCGUGGCUUUCGACGCCGGCACCUCGUUCCUGAUACCAAGCUACGACGCAUCGAAGUGGGUCGAUAUUGCUCGGGUUAAGUACUCACCAAUUGGGUGGGGAGAUCCAUGGCGCAAAGUCUUCUCUUU